CUCCUGUUCAUGUUGAGCCACGGCACUGAGAGACCUCUGCACAGGAAGAAGGAAGCAUCAGGAAUGGCUCUUGGCUACAGUAAGGAUUCCUACAGAAGAUACGGAAGCGUGUAAGCACGCACCACCAGACUCAGGAACAGCUAUUUCCCCCCCCCUGUUAUCAGGCUUCUGAACGGUCCUUCCAUAAGCUAAGGAGUUCUGACCACAGUAGAAAGUUGAAAUAAGCCCUGGGAGAUUGAUGGUUGGAGAUCCAUCAAAAUUGGUUCCAUGUAACGACUGCAUAAGAAUUGAGUCCAGACGGUAUAUAUUCCAGAUCUUCAACAGCAUGGAUUUACUGCUGGUCAUUUUGUUUGCAAAGGUCAUCCUGAACAUCAUCCUUUUAAGUAUGAAGCGAAGAAUGCUACAGAGUCUCAUUGGCCAUUUCUGCGUUUCCCUGGCCCUGAUGGACGUGGCAUUAUUUGCUUGUGUGACAAUCGCUUCAUUCGUCAAGAACCAUGGUACAUUCGGAGCUCCGAACAGUUUCUUCCAUGUCUGCGGACUGCUGCAGUUCUUCUCCCACGUCUACAGUAUCCUGCACUUCCCACUCUGUCUCAUGUCUGGCAUUGACCAUUUUGUCCACCUUCGCAAUCUCUCCAGGUCCUUGGGCCUCUUCCGGAAGAUGCUGUACACCUUCACGGUGUGCUUCUUGUGGAUCGGAGGCAUUCUCUACGCCCUUUACAGCCAUGGCUUUCACAACCUGCCAUCGGCAAUGAUGCAAGACAUCCCAUUGUACCAAUGUGACAUUCCCAUCAGCACCCAGAGUCUAUCGUUGUCCGCCUUGAUACUGUCAACUCUGUGUGUGGUGACGAUCUACUGCUGGCGUAACCUAACCACCCUUGUCAGAUCCCUGCGCAUAGACACCUACUUGGAAGAGAUAGUCAUGUGGAGUUCCCAUCCGGUUGCCCAACUGCAUGCCGUGUCCAGCAAGAAGCAAGUUUUAACCAACGUUGUUAUUUGUUUUGCCCUCGCUUGGAUACCGUUUAUUCUGCUUCAGUUGACCAUAGUUUUGAUCUGGGCUCCACUUCCUGCCUACAUGGAUUUGAACGUCCCUUGGCUCUGCUUCAUUAACAGUUUCCUCAUCGGAAUAAUCUACUGGAUGAAUUAUAAGGAUAUCCCUCCAGAAGACAUCUCGUUGAUUCCUGACGGUUUCUGUCACUGGGAGAGCUGUAAAUUACAGCAAGUUCCCUUCAACUGCAAAGGGAAAUGGGUCCCAGACAAUGAAAUCAAAGCUUCAAAUAUUCUAAUCGCCUGAACGAACCCAAUCCUCCUCCUUCCUGCCGUUUUUGUAACUAUCAAUUAGCUAAGUUAUUCCCAGUCCCAGUCUUACAACUACAUCUAACACCCAUGAAUGCGAGUGAUCUAUUUGUGCAUUAGUGGAUUACUUAAAUGGUCUUUUAUUACUCUUCACUCUCCUGAUGCACACACCUCGGAUUUUAAUCCAUUUGGCAUUGUUUCUAUCUGUACUUUCCAAGAUGCCGUUUAGAGUUUGGGUUGUAUUUUGGUUUCUUGUUUAUGAUACACUUUCUACAGGGAUGAAAGACCAUAAAACUUUAAAACAAAAUAUUAGCGAUUUGUACUGAUGUUUUCUGGGGUUAUGUCAUUACCAUUUGUGCCAAUUCUCUAUUAAAUAACAAAUAAAAAUCA